AAAUAUUUCAUGAGUAGAAUUCUGGUGAAUAGAGUUGUCUAUUCAGAUGUACAAGUCGGAUUUGGUGAGGUUGGAUUUAAUCUAAUUUUAUGUGUGAGUCAUACUAACUUAACGUGUCUAUGCAAGUCAAAAUCUAAACCGGAUAUUUUUCGGAUUGGUUUUAAUCAUGUCGGUCAGAUGAGGUUUUAACACCUCUAAGUCCGUGAACAUGGAGUUACAGUUUUAAAAUCUACUAGCAGUGAUAUAUACAGCAUGUUACAGCCAAACUUUUUGACUAUCAAAUCCCAAGAAAGUCCAUGGUCAUUUCUUCAACCCAGAAUUCCCUCAUUACCCAUCUUUAAUCCCUCCCUACAUACAUUAAAAAAAAUGAAACUAUUUACGAAAUAACAAAUUCAAAUACUAAAUAGAUAAUAUUAUAAUGAAAUAAAUGAAGUCACCGUCCACAACUCAACACAAAUCCAACAUCACAUUCACAUCAUCAGCCUCUGUAUUCUGUAGGGUCCCAUAUGGCUUGUUCACACUUUCCUAGGUGUCCACCUUCUCUUUCUCUCUCCUUUGAAAUUAAACUAAUUGAAAAAAACAAUUACCCACCUUCUCUUUUGCUGACCAUAUUUUUUUUUCUUCUUUUCAAAUCUUUCAACUCCAAUCCUCUUACGCGUUCACACUUCUCUCACACAUUUUUUUCCAACAUAUAAAGUGCACAUCUUCUUCUCUUUUUUUUAUUUUCUCCUUUCUCUCUCUACAAUUUCACUCUUCUACUGUUAUUUUCACUUAAUUUUUUCUAAUUUUGAGACUAACCCAGUUUGAAUUUGCUCAUAUUUUCCCAAAUUCAGCUCAUUUAAUUCAUUCUUUUUGCUGGAAUUUGAAGUAAUCUUCAUAACUUGGGACUAAAGCUUCAGAUGCUAAUUCCUCUGUAAGUUAUAUAAUUGCAGAUAUGAAUGAAGGGGGUAAUAAUCAAAGCAAUGGUGGAAGAAAAAGAAGGAAGAAGAAUGGAAAUGGGGUAGAUGAAAGUGUUAAUUUUGAAGAAAAACAACAACCCAGUGACAAGAAAGAAACAAAGGAAAUGAUGAUCACAUCAUAUUUGUUAUUAGAAGACCAAGAGAAGCAAGAAAAAGAGGAGUGGGAAGAAUUUGCUGAUCAAGAGAAACUCGAUUUCGAGGCGAUUCAUAAGAAAAAAACACAAGCAAUGUUGGAUUACAAUUCGAAUUUGCAGAGUAGCUAUGAGGGUUUGGAUGAUACUGAUAUAUUAAGGCGAAAGCGAGCGAGGGGAGCUGUUAAUUCUGCAAUGGUUGUUGCUGCUACUGAAAUGAUUGAGAAAGGUGGUAGUAUUGAGGCUAGCAGUAAGCAAUCUAGUGGUUCAUCAGUGAGUCAUCAGCGUCGAUUAUGGGUGAAAGAUAGGUCUAAAGAUUGGUGGGAUAAGUGUACUAGUCCUGAUUAUCCUGAGAGUGAGUUUAAGAGAUGGUUUAGGAUGGGAAAAGCUACAUUUGAGUUGAUUUGUGAUGAGUUAAAGGUGGCUGUUGCGAAAGAGAAUACGAUGUUGAGGGCUGCUAUUCCGGUUGAUCAACGAGUUGCUGUGUGUAUAUAUAGGUUGGCAACAGGUGAGCCGCUUAGGUUGGUGUCUAAGAGAUUUGGUUUGGGGAUUUCAACUUGUCAUAAGAUUGUUCUUGAUGUUUGUGCUGCAAUUAGGUCUGUUUUGAUGCCCAAGUACCUGCAAUGGCCUGAUGAGGAUUCAUUGAGACAGAUUAAGGAGGAAUUUGAAUCAAUUUCUGGCAUUCCUAAUGUGGUUGGUUCUAUGUAUACAACUCAUAUACCAAUAAUUGCACCUAAGAUUAGUGUGGCUGCUUAUUUCAAUAAGCGCCACACUGAGCGAAAUCAGAAGACUUCGUACUCGAUUACAGUGCAGGGUGUGGUUGAUCCUAGAGGGGUUUUCAACGACGUGUGCAUAGGAUGGCCUGGUUCAAUGCCUGAUGAUAAAGUGCUGGAGAAAUCAGCAUUGUAUCAGAGGGGUAAUCAAGGGCUUUUGAAGGGUGUGUGGAUUGUUGGUGGUGCUGGUUACCCUUUAAUGGAUUGGAUCCUUGUGCCCUAUAAUCAGCAGAACCUAACUUGGACACAACAUGCUUUCAAUGAGAAGAUUGGCGAAAUUCAAACCGUUGCUAAGGAUGCCUUUGCAAGGUUAAAAGGAAGAUGGAGUUGCUUGCAGAAGCGAACCGAGGUUAAACUUCAAGAACUACCAGUGGUUCUUGGUGCCUGCUGUGUGUUGCAUAACAUAUGUGAAAUGAGAGGGGAGGAAUUGGAUCCUGAACUGGUUUUCGAAUUAUUCGACGAUGAAAUGGUCCCUGAGGUUCCAUUGCAGUCAUUAACCUCCAUGAAAGCUAGAGAUUCAAUUGCCCACAAUUUGUUGCAUCAUGGUCUUGCAGGCACUGGCUUUCUAUAAUUAGAAAAUCAUUCAGUUUAUAGGUUCUUUUCACCCUUUAUGCUGUAAAAAUAGCUCCAUAUUUUCACUCCUUUACAAAGAUAAUGAUUUUUGGAAUGCAUAGGCCAAAAUUUGUACUCUACAACAUAGCAAAUAGGCAUAGAAUACUUUUGGUUCAUACUUUAAAUUGCUCUUAAUCAAGAUAUGGAUGUAUAAUUUCGGAAUGACCUUUAAUUUGUACCAUUCUUUCAAAUGAUUUAAACAACUAUGCAAUUAUUCUUAA